UAAAAUAAUCAUACUACAUACAAAAAGUCAAUAGAUAAUUAUAAAUAUAUAUUUUCAAUAAUAAUAAUAAUCUUAUUAUUUAAGCAAAAAUGACUUGGAAUCCAAGAAAAAAAAAUUACUUAAAUUUAAAACCAUCUCCAGCACCACCACUGCUUUCAGUCACAGAAGACCGUGAUCUUAACUUGGCUGUCCAACGUUUGAUGCACGUAGAAGUUACAAUCCGAAAAUUGACCAAAGAAACAAAACGAUAUCUCGAAGCGAUAACAAAUUUGGACCGUGCCGAUCAACGACUGACGACAAACCUCAGCUCCAGUGAAUUGAUCCACAUAAAUGAUGAAUUUCGUCACAUCGUCGAGGAAUAUUUAACCAUAACAACUCAGGUGGGUAAAACGGUCCAGGACGUCAAUCUGCUGUCCCAUAAAACGUUUAUAGAGCCUCUAAAGAAAUUGCGCGAUGAAUUUGCACUCAUCGCCGAAGCACUCGCCAAGCGAGAAGAGAUAGUCAAUACCUGGAGGACGGCACACAAUCGGUUGAAGAAGCUUCAAGAGAAGAAGGAUAAAACGGCGAGUCAUGUCGUCAAACUAGAGCGCGAAAAACGGGCCGAAGAAGCAGCAGCAAAGGAAUUAAAGUCUAUACACUCACGAUUAUUAGUCGAGUUGCCCUGGUUUCUGGAAAAAAGACUUGACUACAUAAAACCUUCGAUCAAUGCUUUAAUUAUGAUACAGUUGGACUAUUAUGGCAAUACUAUGAAAUUGUUCAACCAGCUCAUGCCACUUGGGAACUAUACCUCUGAUGAUGAAGAUGCGCUGGUUAAUGAGCAAUUUACUCGGAUUAAAAGUUUGACCAUUGUCAAAGAUCAUUGAUGAUUAAGAAUAUGAUCUUCAAAAUGCGUAAUUAUUGUAUUUUAAUUUAAAAAAUUAUUUAUUCUAUUUACUUAUCAUUUUUUUUGCGGUAGGUGCGCCAGAAAUGAGUGUUGGGGAACAUUUCUAUCAACUUUUUAUACAGCCAACACUAUACAAUCGAUUAUUUUAUAAAAAAUAUAGAUCGUUUAUUUUCAUAAAUCACCCUAAUGAAUUACACAAUUAUCAGUAUCUCUAAGAUUCGGUAAUCAGUAAUUAACUUUAUUAUUUUUUUUUUUCAAUACAAUUAUUAGAAGAAUAAUUAGUGAAUGGAUUUAAAAUCCACAAAAUUAUUAUAAAUAAUUUUUAUAUAUUCUUAUAAAGGAUUAAAUUUAUUUU